UCUUACUUCCUGGUACAUACAUACACUAGUUCAGCCACAGAAAACAGACCUAUCGUAGUUUCGAUAUUGGUGCGUGCGUGUUAAAAAUUAUAAAAAAUUCAUCAUUUAUAUCGUUUAAGAAUCAUGGAGAAAUGGUUGCAAGAGGAAUUGUCGAAAUUAUUGGAUUUUCCAGCAGAUGACUUAACCCAGUUUAUUUUGCAGAUAGAAAAUGAAAGAGAUUUAGAUGAGUACUUUUCAACCUUAUUAAGUACUGAAAAUCUAAAUCAUAGACAAUUUGUAAUAGAAUUGAAAAAGAGACGUGCUUCUUAUAAUAAUCAAACUAGAAACAAAAAGAUAAAUGAUAAUGAUAAUAUUCCCAAAAAACAAAAUGAUAAGAAAAAGGGAAAGACAAAGGGAAAGAAAAACAAUCAAGUGCAAGAAGUAAAACCUGAGUCACCAUCUGAGAAGGUGGAAAAAAAAAAGACUAAAUUUACUAAUUUAUUGUCUCAUGGAACUGUUCUCUUGAAAGGAAGGCAUAAAUGCAACUGCGAAGCAAACAGACAUGCAUUGAUUAACAAUUGUCUUAACUGUGGAAGAAUAGUUUGUGUACAAGAAGGCUCAGGUCCAUGUUUCUGUUGUGGAGAACUUGUUUGUUCUCCAGAUGAACAAGUUUUACUUGGAAGCAAUACUAAACAGAGUGACAAUUUGUAUAAUAAAUUGAUGGAUCAAAAACCAUAUAAGAAUCUCGAAGAUUCUCUUAAACAAAGAAACAAACUCCUUGAAUUUGAUCGCAAUAGUGCCCAUCGUACCAAAGUAAUUGAUGAUGAAUCAGAUUAUUACCAGUCAAACAGUAUUUGGCUAUCCCAUGAUGAGCGCAAGAAGUUACAGAAGCAAGAAGAGGAAGAAUUAGCUCGCAAGCAUGCAUCACGUUUAGAUAAAAAAGUUGCUAUAGAUUUUAUGGGAAGAGUAAUAGUUGAUGAAGAUCAGUCAAUUAACUUGCAAUUGGAAGAUCUUGACGAAACAAUAUCAUAUGACAACUUUGAAAAUAUGAAUAUUUGUCCAACGAUAGAAUUUGAUCGUCCAACAUUUGUUGAGAUGGGAAUAUUCAGAACAAGCACACGAACUGAAAAUCGCACAUGGAAUAUGGAAAGCAGAAUACAGGAUAAAGAAUAUUUAGAAAUGUUUGAUCAAGGUCUAUGUUUGAGCAUGCAUCAGCCUUAUGCAUCUUUGAUAGUGGCAGGAAUAAAAACUCAUGAGGGCAGAAGUUGGUAUUCUUCACAUAGAGGAAGAUUAUGGAUAGCAUCAGCUGCUAAAGUACCUUCUUCUGAAGAAAUAUCUAAUAUGAAACAAUUCUACCGUUUAUUAAAAAAUGGUAAGAAAAAAGUCGAUGAGCAACGACAUGUAACGAUAACUGAUGUUUUAUCUCAAGAAGAAUAUAGAAAAUUAUAUCCAGAAAAAGAAAAUGAGAGUCCAUAUGUCUUCAUAUGUGAGAAUUCUUACAUGUUAUCAACACAAUUUCCUAUGAAAGGAAAACAUAAAAUUUAUAAAAUGGAUAAAAAACUUCAUCAAGCUGCUUCCAAAUGCUUAGAAAAAACCAUGAAAACAGUUAAUAACUAA